AUGGCUGAACGAAUAUUAAAUAAUAAUGGUAUCGGUUUAUCGUAUUCGUCUGUUCGUGAUAUUAUUAGGAAAUUUAAUAUGCUUGCAAGAAGAAACGAUUCUUCGUCAUCUAAACUAACGAAAUUAAAUCACAAUACUCCUUCGUCAUCAACUCUAAGUUCAACAAUCAGUAAAUGUAUUUCAAGUACAAAUGAAACGCUAACAUUACCGCCAGCGUCAACAGCAACAAUAACGUGUCCUCGAUAUAAUCAAAAUCAAAGACGACUUUCAAAUUCAUACAUAAAUAGAAUAAAUCCAGACUCGGAAUUCGUUUCUAUUAAGAACUCACCUACGAUUACCUAUAGAGAAAUCCAAACUCCAAUGAUGAAUAGUCGAUUGUGUUCGAGACAUGAAAAUUCCGAUGAUAUCGGCUUAGCAAUCAUCGAUAAUCGAAGACAAAUAGUUGAUGAUCAUGAUAGUAGUCAAUGUGCAUCAUCAAUUAUUGAUGAUUACGAAAUAAAUGAUAUUGAACGACAAUCACAAGAGGAGCUUAGUACUCCGGAAAGAAGACCACCACUACCACCAUCAGUUUUAGCAUUGCCAAAUCUUCAACAAGAAUCAACUUAUCCACGAAAACGAACACUUCCGUUAUCAGAUUUUCUAUUGGAAAUAGGCAUAUUAAUUGUCAUAUUUAUUCUAUGUAUGGUCCUUGUCUUAGCUAUACGAGAAGAUCAAAAUAAUCUUCGAAUAACAAUGCACAUUGUAUAUACAUAUAUUUAUCUUGUUUCAAUCGUUUGGAUGAUAUGGUGUACGUUUGAUAUAUUAAAAUUUCGUCGACAAUGGACAAAAAUAACAUCAUCGGCUCAUGAUCAAGCAGAAUAUAUGGAUAUAGUUGCACGCUGUCCCCAGAGUAUAUCGUAUUUUCCGGAUAUGCAAAAUACUAGUGGUUUAUUUAUGAGAAUCGGAGCUGGAUUACUAUGUAUGGGUAGUCUCAUUUUGAAUACUAUUCAAUUAGCAAAAACUAUUGAAAUAAUACGAACACAUUCACAAAACAAUGCGCUCCUUUUGAUCAGUUAUUCUCAAGCUGUUUUUGUAACAAAACUAAUUAAUUUUAUAUUUCGCUUUAUUUUCCAUUGUGUACAAUAUAUGUUUUUAUUUCGAUAUGGAAAUAUUGUUAUUGAUCGGAACCAUUUAAUGGCUCGCAUUGGUCUUAUUCAUAUAAUUAUUGCUAAUUUUUGUACUUGGUUUGAAGCUAUCACAAUUGAAACAUUACAUGAAUUACGUAAACAUUCGACUAGUAUCAGGCCAGCAAAUGUACCGAUGAUUCUGAGUACAACCAAAACAAUGACAACGACCUUGUUAAAAUCAGGCGAACGAAUACCUAUUUCAUGUACAUCAUUUGGCAUGAUAAAUUGUUUCAAAAAAUUCUCUGCUGUUGCUGCUGUUGCAGUUAGCGAAAUUUCUUCUUCCGAUAGUUCACAUACGACUACAACUGAUACGCUUGAAUUCAUUGAAAAGAUCGAAACAACAAUGAGUGUUUAUCUAUAUCCAUGUUUCAUUGAAUAUAGUCUUAUAUGUGUAACUGUAUUUUACAUAAUGUGGCGUAAUGUUGGCAAAACGGAAAAUCGAUCGUUUACGCAUUUUGGUGAUCGUCAUAUAUUCACCGUAGAUUGUUCUCGUGCAUCACGUGGUUUACUUCUUGGUGGCAUUGUUUUUAUAUUAGCUAUACUUACACUUAUACCAGUUUAUAUUCUUAAUUCAUCAUUAACAAUUCAAAUAACACAUCUAACUGAACUUGUUUUACUUCUUGCUGCAUUACUGGUUGUUUGUAUAUCAUUUUUUUAUACAACAAAACUUUACUAUGAUCGACAAGCACAUGUCGAUGUAUUUGAUCAAAUAUUAAUUUUAGUAACAACAGUUGGUGAUUUUGCUUAUUCAUUUUUUGGUUUAUUUGCAUCGAUUUUUAUUGAAUCGUAUUCAAUUCAACUGCCAAGAUUUAUUGAAAUAGCAAUAAGUUUUCUAUCGAUUAUUCAAACAUUUCUACAAUCGGGUUUUAUUUUGGAUACAUUAAAACGACGACCCAUUUCAAAAAGUGAAAUUCGAAAAAAACCCGGACGAGAAUUAAUCACUGCAUUAUUAUUAAUCAAUCUUGCUAUAUGGAUGCAUGAUUCGUUAUCCGCAAAAAAAGUUAAACUCAAUCCAAUACAAAAUGAAUAUUAUAAUACUCAAACAUGGUCCAUAGUUCAAGCAUUUACAUCUCCAUUGUCAAUUUUCUAUCGAUUUCAUUCCAGUGUAUGUCUUGCUGAUAUUUGGCAAGAAGUUUAUCAUGAUAAACUGAAUCAUCGUUAUUUCAGAAGUGAAAGUCAAUCCAAUCGUGUAACAAAAAUAAAUCAUAUUUCCAUGGUCUAA